AAGUCAGAAUAAGACAGGUGAUGAUGGUCAAAGUCAAACUAAUCAACCAAACCACAUAAGCACCUGAACCAUAAACUGUAAAAGGCUCUCAGUUCUCACUGACCACUCCAUUCGCGAACCACUCCAUUUCCAUUGACUUUUUUACGCAAAUCAGACUCCUACAUAGACCCCUGAGCUCAAAGACAGUAUCAUCAACCAACAAAUACUUGAGCCUUUUAUCCAAUGGAUCCCACUGUUCCACCAUCUCGAACAAAGCCCCUAACAGUUUUCAAGAUGGGUUUAGCCUCCGCAAGCAUCCGUUUGGCUAGCCUUGCUUCUCGUUCGAAGAGGAAACUUUUUCGUUGGACUGCAUGUUAUGGCUCUGGGUAUGAACCUGUUAUACAUCUCCAAAACGAUAGGACUGUGAUGAUGAUGAUGAACAAUGGUGGUAUUUAUGAGCCAAACGAAGGUGAACCGAGCAUGCUCUUGAGUGGGGAUCAGAGACGAGGACCGUUGUGGCAGAAGAACAUUCUCAUGGGAGGCAAAUGCCAGCUUCCAGAUUUCUCCGGUGUUAUAUUGUAUGAUGCUGAUGGACAAGUUGUUCCUCCGGCCAAGAACUCUCUUCCUUUGCUCACCUGGAAGUAAAUAAGAAGAAAGGCUAAAACCUACUUAUUAUUUGUUUGUUUGCAUCUAUUUUCUUGGAAUAUAUAAUGUAUGGUAUA